AUGUGGGCUUAUACUGUUGGUUUUACUGUCCUGCCUCAUGUUGGAGGUUUCCUUGGCUGGUUCAUUAAUCGAAAAGAAAUACCUGCUUGCUAUAUGAAGCUGAAAAAACCUUCAUGGUGUCCACCCCGCAAAAUAUUCCCCAUUGUUUGGACUGUCCUGUACACUGGCAUGGGCUAUGCCUCCUACCUGAUAUGGAAUGACUUGGGUGGCUGCAGCAGCAAAGCUAUCAUCCCGCUUGGCCUCUACGGGGCUCAGCUGGCCUUGAACUGGGCUUGGCCUCCCUUCUUCGGUGCAUGCAACCUGAAGUUGGCACUGAUCGACAUCCUGUGCUUGGACGUGCUGGUGAUAGGCACGAUGUGCUCCUGGUACCACAUUAACAAGGUAGCAACGCUGCUGAUGGUGCCUUACCUGGGCUGGCUGGCCAUGGCGACUUGUCUCACAAUCCGCCUCUGGAAGGACAACCCUGAGCAAAAACCAGCCAAGAGAGAGUAA